CCAAAAUGUCAAAAAAAAAAACGGGAGAAAAACAAGCAAACCAGACUGAACUGAGAGAAUUCAAGUUUUUCCUUUUUAUUUUGAAAAAAGUUGUGCGUAGAGUUUUCUAAAGUAAUUUCCCAAUAAAGGAUGAGGGCUUAAGAUGAUGGGCGAUCAGUUCCGAAAAGUCGAACAAUAUUCGCCGAAAUCGUCUCCGAGGGGCGCCAGGUCCCCGGUAGUUUCUCGUCAGGAUUCCAGCGGAACCCUCAAAACGACCAUUCUACUAGGAAAAAACCCUUCAAUUGUCCCAAGUGGACCUUUUUACUUACUAAAAGAGCCUCCGGGCGAAUCUGAAAUAACUGGCGCCACAAAUUUAAUGGCCUAUUAUGGCCUUGAACAUUCAUACAGCAAAUUUAGUGGCAAGAAACUUAAAGAGCAACUGUCUUCUUUCCUUCCAACCCUUCCAGGAGUUAUAGACUCUCCAGGUCAGUCAGAUAACAGUUCACUAAGAAGCGUCAUAGAAAAACCCCCUGUGGGUGGUAAAGAUUUGUUACCACUUACAAGUGCCCAACUAGAAGGAUUCAGAUUGCAUCCAGGCCCUCUUCCAGAACAAUACCGGUAUACCAAUGCUACCCCGAUUAAGAAACACAAAAACAAGCACAAAAAACACAAACAUAAAGAAGGAGGUCUUCCUUCUACCGAAACGGCGGUAUCCGAUGCUUCUGGAGAUACUCAUGAGAAGAAACACAAGAAACAAAAGAGGUAUGAUGAGGACAAAGAGAGGAAGAAACGGAAAAAGGAGAAGAAGAGGAAAAAACAAAAGCAUAGUCCUGAACACAGUGGGGGGUUGACGCCUAGUCAGCACUCAAGUUGAAGAGGCUAAGAACUAAAUAUAUUAGGAAUAAUUUUAUUUUGACUGGGGGGUUUUCAUGCAGAAAACAGACAACUUAUUGAAAAUUUGUGAGUUUGCAAUAAGUUACUGGUAUUUAUUUAUAUUUUUAAAAAAGUUUAUAGUAAACGUCUUACUUAAAGAAGGUAUUUUUUUUUUGAAAAUAUUAUCUAAUUUAAAAUGUCAGAAUAUUUAUGAAAAACCUCUGAUAGUUUUAUAAGCUCUCAAAACGUUUUGAAAUAGAAACUGGACCAGAAAAUAAAAAUAAAGAAUGAUAAGAUACUUUAACAUUAAUGGUUGGAUUUAAAAAACAGAAAUCUGUAAAUAUCUAAUUAUUGUAAAUUAAUUUAAACAAUUUUAUUUCAAUUCAUGAAUUCUUUUUUAAUUAUUGUGUUGUUAUUACGACUCAGUUUUAACAAUUAGUUAUUAAGGUUUUGUGACAGAUGCAAUUAUUAUUAUCAAUUUGUAAAAUAGUUAUCAAAAAUUCGAAAAAAGAUUGUGGUCCUGGGUAUGCCUUUUUAGGUGUAAAUAAAUUGUUAUUUUUAUCUGA